AUGGCCACAUUACUCAACAUUGUAAUUCCCUGGUUGGGAUUCCGGACCUCCAUCAGGUUUUGGGCCAUUCUCCAUAUAAUUUUAUGGAUCCACCGCUACACGCGGCUUAUUGUUCACUGUUACAGCCAUUGGAGAUACAAAUCCAAGAUCCCGAACUGGGAAAAACCGCGAUACACCUCCCAGGAUGUCACCGUUAUCAUCCCAACCAUCCACAACCGCCCCGAGGAAUUACGGCCCUCGCUCGAGAGCAUCCUGGCCUGCAGGCCGGCGAAACUUGUGCUUGUGACGACAUGGAACAAGCACGAAGCAUUGAGCCGGGUUGCUUCAACUUUACGAAUGCCGGACGCAACGUCUCCAGUGAAAAUCGACGUCUUGCACGUGGACAAGGCGAACAAGCGUCUCCAAGUCUGCAAAGCUCUUGAAGACGACCACGUCAACACAUCUAUCACUGUAAUGGCUGAUGAUGAUGUCGAGUGGCCGUCUACGCUCAUGCCGUGGCUCCUUGAGCCGUUUGUCGACGACGAAAUGGGCGGUGUCGGGACGUGUCAGAGGGUGAAGCGCGUUACCGAGGGGGACAUCAUGACACGCAUCUACAACUGGCUUGGAGCGGCUUAUAUCGAGAGGCGGAACUUCGAAAUUUCAGCAACACACAAUCUUGACGGCGGUACGUCGUGCAUGUCCGGCCGCACGGGGGCUUACCGGACAGAAAUCCUCAAGAGUUACAGCUUCCUUGGGAAUUUCAAGAAUGAAAAAUGGGGUCGGUAUAUUUUGAAUGCCGAUGACGACAAUUUUGUGACGCGCUGGCUGGUUGCGCACCAAUGGAAGACGUGGAUCCAAUACCACCCAGACUGCGAGAUUGAGACGACGCUUGAGAACAGCCACAAGUUUCUCUAUCAGUGCUCUCGGUGGGCACGGAGCAAUUGGAGAAGUAACUGGACAAGCCUUAUCCGCGAGAGAUACGUCUGGAGACAACAGAAGUGGUGCACAUACGCACUUCACAUCGCAACUUUCACCUCGCUCGCGUUUCUGGUUGACCCCCUUUUGCUCUUCUCGUGUUGGUGGGGAACGGCGAACUGGGAUCCUAGCAAUCGGCGCGUCCUACUCGCUGCGGAGAUUGCUUUCAUGUUCGGUUUCACCAAAGUUGUCAAACUAGUUGGACUAUUUCGCAAAAACCCAAGUGACAUUGUGUUCUUGCCGGUGUCCGUGUUGUUCGGCUACUUCCACGGCUUGAUCAAGCUGUGGGCGCUUUUCACACUCAAGCAGACAUCUUGGGGAAGUCGAGAGGAUGGUGAUGAACACAACACGUUCCGUUUGCAGGAAAAGCCCCGUCGCAGCGAAACCUUGGCCACCCCUCCAUUUGGACCAGACUUGCCCAAGGCUUUGCAAUACUCGCGGAUUUCUCAACCGCGCCGUGUGCCUACUCCUUUGGAGAAACGCGAAUCUUUUGACUACACCAUCACCACAAAUGUCUCAUACCCCCAAGCUACAAAACUUCCAAUGUACUAA